UUCAAAACUAGUCUACACGUUAUCCAGUGGCAGAGAUCCUUAUCUGUCCUGACAGAGCGGAGACAAAGGAACUUGAUGUUUACCUGAGAAUGGGCCGACUGGUUUUUCUCACAGCAGAGGGAUAAAGAAGGAGGACCGUAACUUUUCUCCUUGGAAUCCCAGGUGAAAGACAUCAGUUAUUCUGAGUUCUAGACUACACCAGGUGAAUGGAGAGAACAGUUAUUCUGAGUUCUAGACUACACCAGGUGAAUGGAGAGAUCGGUUAUUCUGAGUUCUAGACUACACCAGGUGAAUGGAGAGAACAGUUAUUCUGAGUUCUAGACUACACCAGGUGAAUGGAGAGAUCGGUUAUUCUGAGUUCUAGACUACACCAGGUGAAUGGAGAGAACAGUUAUUCUGAGUUCUAGACUACACCAGGUGAAUGGAGAGAUCGGUUAUUCUGAGUUCUAGACUACACCAGGUGAAUGGAGAGAUCGGUUAUUCUGAGUUCUAGACUACACCAGGUGAAUGGAGAGAUCGGUUAUUCUGAGUUCUAGACUACACCAGGUGAAUGGAGAGAUCGGUUAUUCUGAGUUCUAGACUACACCAGGUGAAUGGAGAGAACAGUUAUUCUGAGUUCUAGACUACACCGGGUGAAUGGAGAGAUCGGUUAUUCUGAGUUCUAGACUACACCAGGUGAAUGGAGAGAUCGGUUAUUCUGAGUUCUAGACUAUACCAGGUGAAUGGAGAGAACAGUUAUUCUGAGUUCUAGACUACACCAGGUCAAUGGAGAGAACGGUUAUUCUGAGUUCUAGACUACACCAGGUGAAUGGAGAGAUCGGAUAUUCUGAGUUCUAGACUAUACCAGGUGAAUGGAGAGGAGACUGUGACAGAGAGGUGGACAUUACAUUUCUAGAACUUCUGGAGUUAAUGGAAGAGGGUGCUGGAUAACUUAAUGGAAAUAAGGACUGGACGUUUGACUGUAUUUCAUGGAGAUAACUCAGUGGCUUACCCAGUGGGUAACAGGGGGUCGUUCUACCUCUCCCAGAGCUACUAGUCGCCCCGGUCUGCUCCGAAUCAAAACACGUAGAGUGACUGUUCUGAGAACGUCAUGUUUCGCUGCUCUCGGCGGUGCGCUCUUUCUCCUCCUCGGAGUGUGUUUGCUCAAUCUCCCGGAGCCGCGAGAGCAACCCUUCCCUCUGACUGAAGGUGAACCCAGAGAUGUCACCCUUCUUCUGUGGACGCACCCCUUCGGCCGUUACCGUAGACUGCCGGACUGUGAGGCGCGCUUUGGAAUCCGCGGGUGCGUACUGACCGACGACCGCCGCAUGUACCCUGGGGCUGACGCCAUCAUCGUGCACCACCGUGAGAUAACGACCAACGCCACGGCGCUCCCGUCAGACCCACGACCCCGUGGCCAGAAGUGGAUCUGGAUGAAUUUCGAGUCCCCGUCUCACACUGGUGGCCUGCGGCGGUUUGAGGGCGUGUUCAACCUCACCAUGACCUACCGUGCAGAUUCAGACAUAUUCCUUCCUUACGGCUACCUGGUGCCCCGCCUUCGCCCUCACGCCAACGCCCCCCUACACACACGCCCCAGACGGCCUCACCUACUGGCCUGGGUCAUCAGUAACUGGUCGGAGUCGCAGGCCCGCGUGGCGUAUUACCGUCGGCUGGUUAACUACAUUGCGGUGGAUGUGUUUGGGCGUGCAGGUGUGCCACUGCCAGAGGACAGCACUGUGGUGCGCACGAUGAGGCGUUACCUGUUUUAUCUGGCGUUGGAGAACUCGCAGCACACCGACUACAUCACCGAGAAGCUCUGGAACUCCUUACUGGCUGGGGCCGUUCCUGUAGUUCUCGGGCCGCCGCGGGAAAACUACGAACGCUUCCUCCCCCCUGAGGCCUUUAUCCAUGUGGACGACUUCCCCUCUCCCCGCCUGCUCGCCCAAUACCUGUUGCUGCUACGCCGGAGCCCCGCCCUCCUGCAGAGACACCUGGCCUGGAGGAGGAGCUACAGCGUACACCUGACCGCCUUCUGGGCGGAGCAUUACUGCACAGCGUGUCGCGCCGUGCGGAACCACAGACUCCGGACUGACACCAUCACCAACCUUCAGCGCUGGUUUGAGUCCUGACCUAUGACUGCUUUCUGACCUUCUGAUAUGUGAACAUGAUUGGUCAGAAAUCUAGGCCACAGCCCAGUCUGUAGCAGGGACUCCGUAGGAACUGUCUUUAACCAACAUCUAGCAAAACGUGGUUCACGGGAAUUAACUUUUUGUAACGUCAUUGAACUGUGAUUCACUUGGUCUGUUAGUUAUUUGUAUUAGUCAGGGUUCAGUCGUGUGUGUGUGUGUGUGUGUGUGUUGUUUGACAGCUGCUUUUGGAAGCAUUCCUAAAACUAACGGACGGGGCAGCGGGAUGGGUUAAACUAACCCUCCCCCCCCCCAGCUAACCCUCAUGGCCACCAUGCUAACCCUCAUGGCCACCAUGCUAACCCUCAUGGCCAUCAUGCUAACCCUCAUGGCCACCAUGCUAACCCUCAUGGCCACCAUGCUAACCCUCAUGGCCACCAUGCUAACCCUCAUGGCCAUCAUGCUAACCCUCAUGGCCACCAUGCUAACCCUCAUGGCCACCAUG